CCCGUCACCCGUAACAACCACUCGAGCCCUCGCCGCGCCCCUCGGCGCUCCCGCCCCGGCCCCCAUCCCCGGAACCGGCGGUCGAGCGGCGGCAGCCGAGCCUGUGGCACGGCUCUCUCCCCGCGGAGCCGCCGGCAUGAACGCAUCCCGCCGCCCCGCGUCCCCGACCCGGUCCUUCUGAUAAGAGGAGCAAGAAGAUUGCUAUUGAAUUACAACCAUGGUGCAAAAAUACCAGUCCCCAGUGAGGGUGUAUAAACACCCCUUCGAGUUAAUUAUGGCUGCCUAUGAAAGGAGGUUCCCUACAUGUCCUUUGAUUCCAAUGUUCGUGGAUAGUGACACCGUGAGUGAAUUCAAGAGUGAAGAUGGAGCUAUUCAUGUCAUCGAGAGGCGCUGCAAGCUGGAUAUAGACGCUCCCAGGCUGUUGAAGAAGAUCGCUGGAGUCGAUUACGUUUAUUUUGUCCAGAAAAACUCCCUGAAUUCUCGAGAACGCACUUUGCACAUCGAGGCCCACAAUGAGACAUUUUCUAACAGGGUCAUCAUCCACGAACACUGCUGCUACACGGUCCACCCUGAAAACGAAGACUGGACCUGUUUCGAACAGUCUGCAAGUUUAGACAUCAAAUCCUUCUUUGGUUUUGAAAGUACAGUGGAAAAAAUUGCCAUGAAACAAUAUACCAGCAACAUUAAAAAAGGGAAAGAAAUCAUCGAAUACUACCUGCGGCAGCUGGAGGAGGAAGGCAUCACCUUCGUGCCCCGCUGGACCCCGCCCUCUCUGGGGCCCUCAUCAGAAACAUCGUCAUCAAGCAAGAGCCAAGCUACAUCUGCAGCUGUCCUUGUUCCUGAUGCUGCUGCCCUCAAGGAGGGGGUCAGCGGGGAGGGCCUCAGUAGCCCAGGCACUGCUUCCGAGCCUGUGGUGGGCACCCCCGACGAUAAACUAGAUGCCGACUAUAUCAAAAGAUACUUGGGUGACCUGACCCCCCUCCAGGAGAGCUGCCUCAUCAGACUGCGCCAGUGGCUCCAGGAAACGCACAAGGGCAAAAUCCCAAAGGAUGAGCAUAUUCUCCGGUUUCUGCGCGCCCGGGAUUUUAAUAUUGACAAAGCCAGAGAGAUCAUGUGCCAGUCUCUCACGUGGCGGAAACAGCACCAGGUGGAUUACAUUCUGGACACCUGGACUCCACCCCAGGUCCUGCAGGAUUACUAUGCUGGAGGCUGGCAUCACCAUGACAAAGAUGGGCGACCGCUGUAUGUACUCAGGCUGGGCCAGAUGGACACCAAAGGCCUGGUGCGAGCCCUCGGAGAGGAAGCUCUGCUACGAUACGUUCUUUCCAUAAACGAAGAAGGCCUAAGACGAUGUGAAGAAAAUACCAAAGUCUUUGGCCGGCCGAUCAGCUCAUGGACCUGCCUGGUGGACCUUGAAGGGCUGAACAUGCGGCAUCUGUGGAGACCUGGAGUCAAAGCCUUGCUGCGCAUCAUCGAGGUGGUGGAGGCCAACUAUCCGGAGACGCUGGGCCGCCUCCUCAUCCUCCGAGCCCCCAGAGUCUUCCCUGUCCUCUGGACACUGGUUAGUCCAUUUAUUGACGACAACACCAGAAGAAAAUUCCUCAUUUAUGCAGGAAAUGACUACCAGGGCCCUGGAGGCCUGAUAGAUUACAUCGAUAAAGAGAUAAUCCCAGAUUUCCUGAGUGGGGAGUGCAUGUGUGACGUGCCGGAGGGUGGCCUGGUCCCCAAAUCUCUGUACAGAACUGCAGAGGAGCUGGAAAAUGAAGACCUGAAGCUCUGGACGGAGACCAUCUACCAGUCGGCCAGCGUGUUCAAGGGAGCCCCGCACGAGAUUCUUAUUCAGAUUGUGGACGCAGCCUCAGUGAUCACCUGGGAUUUUGAUGUGUGCAAAGGGGACAUCGUCUUUAACAUUUAUCACUCCAAGAGGUCUCCCCAGCCACCCAAAAAGGACUCGCUGGGGGCCCACAGCAUCACUUCCCCGGGUGGGAACAACGUACAGCUCAUAGAUAAGGUGUGGCAGCUGGGCCGAGACUACAGCAUGGUGGAGUCUCCACUGAUCUGCAAAGAGGGAGAGAGUGUGCAGGGCUCCCAUGUGACCAGGUGGCCAGGCUUCUACAUCCUGCAAUGGAAGUUCCACAGCAUGCCAGCGUGCUCCGCCACCAACCUACCCCGAGUGGAUGACGUGCUGGCCUCCCUGCAGGUCUCCUCCCAUAAGUGCAAAGUGAUGUACUACACAGAAGUGAUCGGGUCUGAGGACUUCAGAGGCUCCAUGACCAGUCUGGAGUCGAGCCACAGUGGGUUCUCACAGCUGAGUACCGCCACCACCUCUUCCAGCCAAUCACACUCCAGCUCCAUGAUUUCCAGAUGGCGAUUUUGCUGACAGCCUCCAAGAAAACGCUUCACUCAACAGUCCUCAUGUGCCCAGAGAUGUUUGUAGAACUGUUUGGGUCGCAGCCGUGUCUCAGGCUGAAGAUCUGUUCCCCUUAAGUCCAUGCAGAAGUGGCACUGCCCAGCCCCUCAGAGCUGAGCGCAUCUCUAGGAGCUCAUGGGUGUACACUCACAGCCCUUUCCGCUUCCCCAAGCCACAGGGCACUGGCUGCCUUGUGAGGGGCGACUGGGUGUGCCACGAGUGUGUGUGGCUCGCUGGGCCUCUCCUCAGUGCCCGGCCCUUGUCCUGAAAUGCUGCUGCCUCGCUCUCCUGCCCCCAACUCUGUGGGAUCUCCCUGUUAUUAGUGUCUUAAUUCACUGUCCUUCCUGACUCCAUUUGCAUAUCAAAUUCUGUAAAUGUUUUGUAAACAUAUUACCUCACUCUUGGUAAUACAAUACUGAUAGUCUUUAAAAGAUUUUUUAUUGUUACAAUAAUAAAUGUGAACUGUUUAAGAA